GGGCGGGGUCGCCGGGGUGCCUUCAGGCCGAGCGCGGCCUCAGUCGAUUGCUGGCUGUCGCCCGUGCGGCAGGGAGGUCCGCGGUCCGUGCGGAGAGGCAGGCGCUGCAGGCGUGGGCACCGCGCACGCUCGGAGAGAGGCCUCGGGGAGAGCUGCGCCGGCAAGAGUGUGGCCUUGCGUCGCGUGGCGGCAGGUGUGCUGGGCCAGCACUGUCACGCGAUCGAGGAGUCCGGCGCGCAGGGCACCCGGAGGGGGCGGGGCCCCGCAGGCCACACCUCCUUCGGUCUCGAGGGCGGGGACGUAGCCCAAGAGACCUGUUUCUACGGUCUGAGCUGGGGAGGGCUCGGGAAGGCUGUCGGGCACCCCUCAAAUUAGGGGAAGAAUGGGGGAACACCCACCCUCAUACCACCAGGGCAAUAAGAAAGGGGGUGGCGCUUCUGGGAACCAAGGCCCUGGAGGAGACGGAGGCGUUCAGAUUUCCUGGGGGGAGCCCUAGAUCCGAGCUUGAGAGGAUGAAGGCUGGCAGAUGAGCUUAGAGGGCCUGGGGCUCCAGUCCUGGCUCGACCUCCGAUUGCGGUGAGCGCCCAGGCGAGCCCCUGCCCCUCGCCCAUCUACCCGGGCCUCGAGGGGCCAUCCGGGGUGCGAGACCUCACAGCCGUGGGCUGCCACAGGAUGGACCUCUGGGCCGCAGCCCGGCUGUGGGGCCCGCCGGGGCUGCUCCUGACCUGGGCCCUGCACCUGGCUCUGUGCCUGCGCUCAGCCCAGACCUCGGUACCCCCGUCCCGGGACUACUGCGUCCUGGGUGCCGGGCCCGCGGGCCUGCAGAUGGCCUACUUCCUGCAGCGGGCCGGGCGGGACUAUGCGGUGUUCGAGCGCGCCCCACGGCCCGGCAGCUUCUUCACGCGCUACCCGCGCCACCGCCAGCUCAUCAGCAUCAACAAGAGGCACACGGGCAAGGCCAAUGCGGAGUUCAACUUGCGCCACGACUGGAACUCUCUGCUCAGCCACGACCCCCGGCUGCUCUUCAGACACUACUCCCGCGCUUACUUCCCCGACGCGGGAGACAUGGUGCGCUACCUGGGCGACUUUGCCCAGCGCCUGGGGCUCCACGUGCUGUACAACACGACCAUUACUCACGUCACUCUGCACAAGGCCCGGCAGGCCUGGAACGGCCAUUACUUCAUCCUGACCGACCAGAUGGGUCACACACACCAGUGCAGCGUGCUUCUCGUGGCCACCGGUUUGUCGGUCCCCAACCAGGUUGACUUCCCAGGCUCCGAGUACGUGGAGGGGUACGAGUCUGUGUCCGUGGACCCCGAGGACUUCGAGGGUCAGAAUGUGCUGAUCCUGGGGCGUGGGAACUCUGCCUUUGAGACGGCGGAGAACAUCUUGGGUGUCACCAACUUUAUCCACAUGCUGAGCCGCUCCCGGGUCCGGCUGUCGUGGGCCACCCACUACGUGGGAGACCUCAGGGCCAUCAACAAUGGCCUGCUGGACACCUACCAGCUGAAGUCCUUGGACGGGUUGCUCGAGUCCGACCUGACGGAUCUGGCCAUCGUGAAGGACCGCGAGGGCAAGUUCCACGUCACCCUGAAGUUCUUCCUGGAGGAAGGCAACCCGAGUGCCGACGCCGACGCCGUCACCCUCCCCCAGGACGACAAUGACAACUUUGCCAUGCGUGUGGCCUAUGACCGGGUCAUCCGCUGCCUGGGCUGGAACUUCGACUUCUCUAUUUUCAACAAGUCCCUCAGACUGUCUUCCGGGGGCGAGUUCAGCAAGAAGUACCCACUGAUCAAAGCCAGCUAUGAGUCCAAAGGAAGCCGGGGUCUCUUCGUGCUGGGCACCGCCAGCCACUCCGUGGAUUACCGCAAGUCUGCGGGGGGCUUCAUCCAUGGUUUCCGCUACACAGUGCGUGCUGUGCACCGCCUGCUGGAGCACCGCCACCACGGCGUCGCCUGGCCCUCCACCGAGCUCCCCACCUCACAGCUGACCAGCGCCAUCGUCCGGCGCGUGAACGAGGCUUCUGGGCUCUACCAGAUGUUCAGUGUGCUGGCCGACGUCAUCCUGCUGAAGGAGAACGCCAUGGCAUUUGAGUACCUGGAGGAGUUCCCCGUGCAGAUGCUGGCCCAGCUGGAGACCAUCACGGGAAGGAAGGCCAGGCACGGGCUGUUCGUCGUCAACAUGGAGUACGGCAGAAACUUCUCUGGGCCCGACAAGGACGUCUUCUUUUAUGACCGGUCUGUGGGGCACACGGAAGACGCCUGGCAGUCUAACUUCCUCCAUCCCGUCGUCUACUACUACAGGCAUCUUCCCACCGAACAGGAGGUGAGGUUCCGCCCUGCCGGCUGGGCCCUGCCUCGGCCCACGGCCAUCCACCAUGUCGUGGAAGAUUUCUUGACCGACUGGACUGCCCCGGUGGGGCAUAUCCUGCCUCUGAGGCGCUUCCUGGAGAACUGUUUGGACACCGAUUUGCGAAGCUUCUAUGCAGAAUCCUGCUUCCUGUUUGCGCUAACGCACCAGAAGCUGCCGCCCUUCUGCCAGCAGGGCUACCUGAGAGCACAGGGGCUCGUGGGGACCGAGAGCCUCCGGCGGCACGGAGUAGAGAGCGGGCUCCUGCGGGACUACACCACGGCGGACAGGCUCCAUGAGGACGGGGCCCGCAGGCCACUGGGUAGCUCCCGGGCCCCGGGGCCCCCUGUCCGGCCCCCCGAGAGCAACAAGGAGGAGCUGUGACCACCAGGAGGCUCCCAGCCAGGCCCCUAGCUGGCCCCUCCGUCCCACUGACACAUGGUUGCCAGAGACACUCAGACUGUCACGGUGACCAGGGUCACUGUGAGGGGUGGCCAUGCGGUGGUCUCCCCUCCAGUCUGGUCCUUGGGUGCCUGGGAGACGGGAUCCUGAGAAAGCCACCCUCAGCCACGUGGGAGCCGCCUUCCACAGCCAGGCUUGUCUGCAAGUGAACUGUCACUGGGCACCAGGCUGGCUCGGUUCUGUCCCCAUGAGUGCCCAGCGGUCCCAUUUCCUCCUGGUCUACUCAUCAGGUGAACUGGGAUCCCACUGCCUGCGGACUGUGUCCCCAGUUGAGCUGUCCUCAUCUUCAGAAGGGUUCGAGGCAGGCACUUCAAACAUCCUCAGCCAUCUGGGGCAGGUGGGACUGUCACCCCUGAUGAAGCGAUCAGGUCAGAGAAGUUAGGUGACUCCCAGGGUCCCACCAGGCAUCCCUGUCUGGGUCCCCUGAGGACCCACCACUCUGCCUUGCCCUACCCCCAUCCCUGUUUCCAGAACCCCGGGGCAGGGGCCAGCCCAGCUUAUCAUCGUAGGCCCGCUGUCACCAGGCAGAGAUGGGACAGCUCCUGCAGAGCCACCUUAUCUCACUGGGCUUCUGCCCGAGCAGCAAGACUCAGAGCGGCGCCUGCCCCACAACUGCGCUCCCUGACUUCUGUCUUCAGCACAUGUGCCGUCUGCUCUCCCCUCCUGCUCGGCACUUGCCGCUUGCCCUGCCCCUGCCCUCUGACAUCCCAAACAGCGCCCUGGCCUCUGGUCUGCCUGAGCAAGUUGUGUAAAACUGUCCCCAUGCUGGAAGGGAGGGACGGGCUCCACCUGUUGGUUCUUUUUUUUUUUUUUUUUUAAAGAUUUUAUUUAUUUAUUUGACAGACAGAGAUCACAAGUAGGCAGAGAGUUAGGCAGAGAGAGAAGGGGAAGCAGGCUCCCCGCUGAGCAGAGAGCCCAAUGCGGGGCUCGAUCCCAGAACACUGGGAUCAUGACCUGAGCCGAAGGCAGCGGCCUAAUCCACUGAGCCACCCAGGCGCCCCUCCACCUGUUGGUUCAAAGCGUGUGCGAGGAGGCGUUUCUAACUGCGUCUGUGUGAUGACAAGGCCUCUGCUCUCUGGUUGCCCAGCAGCCCUCACUCUUCUUCCCCACCAGGAAUCUGCUCCCUUCAUAUGUACCCGUCAGGCCACGGAAAGCAUUCAUACAGAAGAAUAAUCACGGUGAUUUUUUUCAAAGCCAAGACCCAGAUGAUUGCUUUUUCAUCCAUUCUUACUGGGUCCCUGCAUCCACGCAGAAUUCAAGGGACGCAGGCUUUCUGGAUCCACAGCCCUUUUCUGGAAACUUCCUCUUGGCCUCCACUACUGGGUCCACCUCCUGUCUGCAGAUCCCUCUCUCCAGUCGUGUGCAGUUAGAGCCGUGACACUCUGCAGCCCAAGCGUGUGACAAUAGUUGGCAUAGCUUACCCAGGCGUGGGAACAUCUAAAGAUCUCUCCCUGAUCCCAGAGCGUUGGGUCUGCCGUGUUUCUUACAGAUGAUAUGUAAACCGGAUUUGGGCCCCGUCAGUGCCCUCCCCAACUCUUUCUUUCCCAAGACUUUUUUUUAAUCUUUUCACUAGGACUGUUCCCAUAUCUCAGACCCUGCCACACACAUCACACCUUACCAGCUACUAAAGGCAGCUGAGUGCCUUCUCCCAAUCAAAGUUCAAGGUGCUGCAACAAACAAUUCACCGACGCCUGCGUCCCCUCGGCUGCUGCUCCCUCCUCUGCCAAAUCAUCAGUGCCCUCAGAAUUUCAGCCAGCUUCGUCUGUGUUUCAGAAGACCUGGCUUCAGGGUGCAGCUGAUCAGAUGCCUUCCCUGGUAUUCUCCAUGUAAAACUGGUCAGUAAUUUGGAAAAGAAAAUAAAUCUCACUUCAAAUCCCUAUUUCAUACUUCAGAAUUAAGUUCAGAGCAAAUUUUAAAAGCCGUAUGGAAACUGGAGGUGACCAGGGACUGUUACAAUGAAAGCAAGGACUGUCCGACUUCAGAAUAAUGGGGCAGUUCCCCAGAGGAGAAGGUUUCACGUUUCCAACCCAUACUUUUUUUUUUUUUAAGUUUUUAUUUAAAUUCCAGUUAGUUAAUGUUCCAGGUGAAAUUUUGUGUUUUGUUUUGUUUUGUUUUGUUUUUAACUGAUCUCUACACCCAACGUGGGGCUCGAACUCCUGACUCCAAGAUCAAGUAUCACAUUCCACUGACGGUACCAGCCAGGCGCCCUCCCUCCCAUACUUAACUAAUGUCGGUAAUGUGACCAUUUAAAGAAAUGGAUAAAAAUUAAAAGGCAGACAGCAUGGGUAAAAACAGUGACAGCAGAAUACAACACACAAAAAUAUUAUCUUUAUUACACAACCAAUUGGCGUUAAUGAGAAAAAAAAAGACUAUUUAAGUAACUGAUGGGACAUUCGCCCAAUAAAAUACCACGCGACUCUCAAAAUCUCCCAGAGAUAGGGAAGGGCCAUGCCAUAAAAUAUACAUAUGUGACCAAAACCAAUCGAAAAGAAGCAGGUGAUGAGAGUGUAGUUAGUUGUGAACUACUUAAAGCUGUGUAAGGCUGGAGAGCCACAGAUGGGGAAGACUAGAAAGGCAUGUCACAGAAUGUCAACAGUAGUCCUAUGAGGUUUAUGGAGGCAUUUUUCUUUCUCCAAAUACGUGAUUACACUGUAGAGUGAAAUAAAUACAUUUAUUUUUUUAAAAAUCA